AGCCGGGCACAGCCAGCUAGGUGCCCACUCCCACUGCGCCCACCGCCCGUGCGCUCUGCUCGCGCUCCGCGCCCCCGCGCGGUGCAUUUCCCGGGACCGCCGAGCGGGCGCUCGUCGCCAACACAGGGCCGCCGCCCCACCUCAUCGCCGGAGUCCGGAUCAGCAAGGUUGUCUGUUCCUUCCCGGGGAGUCGCCACGCGCACAGGGACGACUGGCGUUGCUCUGGGCUGUAGUCCCUUGAGUCUUCUCGCCUGUCCUCCGGUGGCUGCAAAUUCGGAUAAGUUUUUCCCGCUGAACACUUGGGUUCCCCAGUGGAGCUUUCUUAGCUUCCACACCCUCCAAAACAGGUCUCCGUGGACAACUGAUCCCUGCUGCCACCUUUGUUUAAAAAAACAAGACAUUUUGUUGGGCUGAUUUCCAGCCUGUAGUUUCUGCUGUUGCUGUCAUGAAAAGGCAAAACCAAUUUCAUCACUCUUAAGCCCUGCAAGAAACUCUGGCUUCUGCCUGCACCUGCUCACACCUCCCCUCUUUGUGGAGAUGUCUGAGGCUGACCCUUCAUCUGGAUUUGCGGGAAGCGUGGAGAAUGGGACUUUCCUGGAGCUGUUUCCCACAUCGCUAUCCACAUCGGUGGACCCGUCCUCAGGCCACCUGUCCAAUGUCUACAUCUAUGUGUCCAUAUUCCUCAGUCUCCUGGCUUUCCUGCUUCUGCUGUUAAUCAUUGCUCUGCAGAGGCUGAAAAAUAUCAUCUCCUCCAGUUCCUCCUACCCGGAGUAUCCGAGUGAUGCUGGGAGUUCUUUCACCAACUUAGAAGUGUGUAGUAUCUCCUCUCAGAGGUCCACUUUUUCAAACCUCUCAUCAUGAAUAAAAUGGAAAGAUAUUCUAAGUGAGAGUGGCUUUGCUUUCUCUAUAUCGAAACUGUUGCUUCAUGAAAGAAAUGACCAUUUGGGUAGAUCUAUUUUUCUCCUUCAUUUUUUUAAAAUUUCUUUUCUGCUCAGGACGUGUACCGUUUGUGAGAAGAAGAGCCAAUGCUGACAGAAAUGCAUGUAAACUUUGAAGUGUGGGAUUCCACACAAAGUUCUUGGCCCACCUGGAGGUGGCUCAGCACAGUCUCAACGAAGAGCACUGCAAGGGAUGCUGGGAAGAGACUCUGCCACUCGGACUCUCUUACAAAGACCUGGAACUACCUGAGCCAGCAGAACCUGGAAAACCAAGUAUAGAUUAUUUAGAAGAUAUUUUCUGUAUUUAAAAGAUCUAAAGCAAAGACAGUUAGAGAACUCCAAACUCCAACUUAGAUUUAACAUAUAAUAUUUCCAGAAGGAGGUUAAAAUAGGCUAAAUGUUUUUAUUUAAUUUCACCUUAGCAAAUGUCACAUGUGAUGAGAAGUCAUUUUGGGGAUGUUCUGGGGGAGUUGAAAGCUUCAUCAGCACAAGAGAAGUGUGUCGUGAUGCAGUUUGCAUUGUGUCUCUGCUCCUGGGUUUUUCUCUUGGCUCAUGUUGCAGUCAUAAUGUUCUCUGGCUAUGGAAUCCCUUACGACAGUUGCUGUUGCUAUUACUAAGUGAAGCGCAGAGGAGGCACAAUUCAUUUUUAUUUCCUCAGUAUCCUUUCCAUCCAGUAGGAAUUAAAUAUAGAGAAGUUAAAUAGUUCAGUUUGUAUUUUAUACAGUAAUGUAUUCUUAGCAGUUGUGGCCUCCUUCACCAAGUUUGUCCUUAAAGCUUUACUGCAGAAUAACACUAUCUCUGAGGUGUCAGGUGUGUGCUCACAUGACUUUGCAAGCCUUAGGGACUAUAUUGCUGAUAUUUGUGUUAUCCUCCAUGAUUGCGAUCUGUCUCUGAUACUUUGUUUAUGUUGACAUAAUACUCUGCACUGGAUUUCUAAGUUGUGAGUUUAUCCUAAAAGUUGCAGAUAUUCUGUGCUACUGGGAGCUGCUAUACUGAGGCCAACCAUGGGUGUCCAUGAGCAUGGCUGUGAGCACAAGCAUGGGACAUGCAGGGAACUGAGCAACGCCAACUACAGCCUCUUAUGGAUAAGAAUUUAAACUCACUUUUUAAAACACGUGGCCCACAGACAGAACACCGAGCUGAGUGACCUCUGAGUGUCACUGUGCCAACAUACAAGUCUGUCUUAGGCAAAUUAGUUAUUCCUCCCUCUCCCCUCCCCCGCUCAAAACAUUUACUAAUCUUAAAACACCAGAAUUCCACAACACCCUUGAAUGGGUUGUACAGCCAGAACUCCCCGGGGACAGGAAUGGGAGAAAGUGAAACAUUUGACAGGCCCUGUCUGACAUCUUAGACAUGCUUCGGGUUGAGAACUGGUGAUGAAGAUCAGAAGCUGCUCCCUUCUUUUUACUCCACAACCGAAUCAGGACAUGCUAGCUACUUAUCAUCCAAAGUAUCUACAGACACAUCAGACCAGUACAGAUGCUGCCCUAAAAUGUGUAGUGAAAAUCUCGCCGCUGUCGUCCUGACUGAACACACAGUAAAAUCUUGGGCUAGAGAAGCUUUGCAGUUUGGGUGGUUAUUGCCACUCACUGAGUAUCUGUGGACACAUGUAUACAUGUAAGUAUGUACACGUGGUGCAUGCACAGACACAUGUGUGCGUGCACAUAUUUCCAGGGGAAAGCUUGUGACAGCUAUCAGGAAUUCGGUAGUAUCUGUACUGUCACGUCUACUCUCUUGAUUAUUCUUGUGCUAUUUUGGCUCUGGGGUUGUUGGGUAAAGAGACUUUAACAAAUAAAAGCACCAACAUCUCAAAUAACAGGUCAACCUGAUUAGGUCCUGUCCUGGAGAGGUAGCUUUAAGUCCUGUUCUCCCAGAAUAGAUCCAAAGACUUUAGACAGCAAAGCUACUUAAGUGAGAGUCACUCACCUCUGCAGGUGUGUUCUCCCAGCCACAUGAUUCCUGUUCCUCGUGAUAAGAGGAGUAAUUAGCAGCAAGGCUCAAAGAUGGAAAAUAGGCGUUACCACUAAACACUGUAGAACUGGAGAUGAAUCGGUCUUGUUGAAAAAGUUCAGAGAGACGGGAACACAGGUAUAUAAAUAAAGAA